AAUAAUAAGAACACAAAUAAUUAUAAUAACAACAGUUAUAAUAACAAUAAUUUUUUUAAUAACAAUUAUAAUGAUAAUAAUUAUAAUAAUAGUAAUAAUAAAGGAAUGGGAAAUAAAUAUGAUAGGAGUUUAAAUUAUUUAAAAAAAGAACAUGAUAUGGUUGAUUAUGAAUAUAAUAAUAAAGGUAAUAUAAGAAAAAAUGAUUCGGAGAAAUAUUGGGAUAAUCCACCUUUGCAUUAUUCUAAGAAAAAUAAUUAUGAUAUUUUUACUUUGGGAGAUAUUAAAAAGUAUGCAAAAAAUAAUGAGAAGAAAGGAAAUAAUAAAUUUAUGAAUAUGAAUGAUAAUAACAGUAAUAAUAAUAUGAAUAGUAAUAGUAAUAGUUAUAAUAAUAUAUUUAAAGAUAAUGAUGAAGAAAACUUAACCAAAAGUAAUUUUGCAAAGUGGUUUAAGAAUAAUAAUAUGAAUGUUAAUGAAAAUACAGACAUAAUAAAAUAUCUGAAUAAUAAAAAUAGUAUCAUGUACAUAAUAAAAUAUAUAUCAUAUAUAUAAAUAUAUUGUAAUUUAUUUUUUAUAUACAUUUAUAUAUAGAUAAAAAUAUGUACAUAUAAAAAUGAAGCUUCUUUUAAUACAGAUAAUAUAAACACAAAUAAUGGUAGGGAAGAAGAAAAAAUUAGUAAUACUGUUGCUGAAUUGUUAAUGAAACAGAUUUCUAUGAUUAAAGAACGUAAUAAAGGUAUGGAUGUUAUGGAAAAAAAAAAUACGUUUGGUUUUUUAGAUAACAAUUAUCAGAAUUAUGGAAGUAAUAAUAAUUCUAGUUUAGAAAAAAACAAUAUGAAAGAAAAUGAUAUAUAUUCAAAAGAAGCAAGCAAAAGAAUAAUGGAUAUUUUCAGAACAUUAAAUUCAAAUGGUUUAGUGUCACAAGAAUCAUUAUUGGAGAAUCAAGGUAUACCUAACAAUAAUAACAAUUACAAUAAUUACAGUAAUAAUAGAAAUAAGAAUCAAAAUAAUAUUAAUAUGAAUCAUAAUAAUAAUAUGAAUAAUAGUAAUAAUAAUAUUAAUAACAAUAUGAAUUAUUACAAAAAUAAUCAUAAAUAUCAUUCAAUGGAUAAUGUGACAUAUAAAAAAAACUUUAUUAAUAAUUAUAGCAAUAAUGAUGGAAAUAAUAAUAAUAGUAAUAAUAAUAGUAAUAAUGUGGAACAUUAUUAUAUGAAUAAUAAAAAGGCUUUUAAAAAUAAAAUUAAUAACUACCAUAAUUUACCAGAUAAUAAAAAUAAUAUCAUGAAUAAUAAUACAUAUAAUAAUAUUAAUAAAAAUAAUUUAUCUAAUAUGGAAAAUUUUCCACCAUCAUUAUCAUUUAAUAAUUCAGAUGUUAAUAAAAAUAAUACACAAGGAAAUAUUAAUAUUACUCCCAUAAUUAAUUCAAUAUUACGUUUAGAUAAUGAAGUUGAUAAUGUGCACAACAAUUCAAUAUCUGAAAACAUACAGAAUGCAAAAGUAAGUAAUGUUUUAGAUUCAUUAAAGUCAUUAUUAAAAGCUUCAAAAAACCAAGGUAAUAAUAAUUAUAAUAUACCAAAAAAUUUUAAUAAUAAUAAUAAUAAUAAUAAUCAUAAUAAUAGUAAUAGCAAAUUUAUAAAUUAUAACUCACAACAAUUUUAUCCAUCACAUCAACAACAACAACAGCAACAGCAACAGCAACAAAUACAAAUGCAAACACAAAUAAAUCGUACUCAUUUGAACGAUUAUAAUAAAAAGAAAUUUAAUAAAAAGGAAAGGUAUCCAAUGAAAUAUCCUGAAUUUGAUGGAACUACAAACGAAACUAUGAUGGUACGAGAAAAGGCAGAAUUUUGCAUAUACUUUUAA